CGCCUCUAGGAGCUGGUACACAAAGGUACAGCCUUCGUGACGUCACUCCUCAUCCGCGGCAGAGAGAGAGAGCGGCGGCGAUCCGCUGCGGAGGAUGCCUACCCCGCUGCUGGGAUAACCGCCAGGCGAGAUGGCCGUUACUUUCUUCCUCGUCACAUCCCGCACCGCGACGACCCCUCGGCACCCAUGAAGCCCCCGUUGAUGAAGCCAAAACCGGCCAAAGCAAGGCGGAAAGAGGCCACUGAGCGAGAGAAUGUACUGGCGCGUCGGGUUCGCCUGGACGCGCUCGUGUGUGGUUGAUCUUGGCCGGAACCAGAGCUUCUCCUUCGGCCUGGGCGGCUCCGAUGAGCAGCUCUCGUUUAUUGGGUACAUCGUCGCCUACCCUCUGCAGGACUACGGCGGGAUCAUGUCGGCCCUUGGGUCGGACUCGUGGUGGCGGAAAACGCUUUAUCUUGCCGGGGGCGCUCUGCUCGCCACCGCUGCCUAUCUAUUGCACGAGCUGCUCGCCAUCAGGAAAGAACAGGAGCUGAACUCUAAAGAUGCCAUCAUCCUUCACCAGUUCUCCAGGCCAAAGAGCGGAGUCCCUUCCCUCUCCCCCUUCUGCCUCAAGAUAGAAACCUACCUACGCAUGGUAGACCUGCCCUACCAGAACUACUUUGAUGGGAAGCUUUCUCCCCAGGGGAAGAUGCCAUGGAUAGAGUACAACCAGGAGCAGGUGUCUGGUACAGAGUUCAUCAUCGACUUCCUGGAGGAGAAGCUGGGCGUGAGCCUCAACAAGAACCUCAGUUCCCAGGAGAAGGCUGUGUCCCGGGCUGUCACAAAGAUGGUGGAGGAACACUUCUACUGGACCUUAGCGUACUGUCAGUGGGUGGACAACCUGGAGGAGACACAGAAGAUGCUGGCGGUGAGCGGGCCGCUGAGUGACCUACUCAAGUGGAUCCUGAGUCACCUGACCGGCGGCAUCGUGAAGAGAGAGAUGUACGGCCACGGGAUUGGACGGUUCACUAAGGAGGAGGUCUACACUCUGAUGGAGAAAGACAUGCGGACGCUGGCCGCCCUGCUCGGUGAUAAGAAGUACCUGAUGGGUCCUAAGCUGUCCAUGGUGGAUGCCACUGUGUUCAGCCAUCUAGCCCCUGCUAUGUGGACCCUGCCGGGCACACGGCCAGAGCAACUCAUCAAAGGCGAGCUGAUCAACCUGGCCAUGUACUGUGAGAGGAUCCGCCGGCGCUUCUGGCCCGAGUGGUUCGUUGAUCUGGAGGACUUCUGUUACGAUGACACCACAGAGGAUGAUGACUCCCUGUCCAAACUCCAAGACCUGGGGCUGUAUUCCCGCACAGACACCUUCCAGGAUGAGGCCAGUCCUCCUCACACACACACACACACACACACAAUCUCCCCAGACAGUGACCGUACAGGCCACUCGCUCUACGACUCGGACAUGGACACAGAGUGCUCCGAGAUGGAGCAGCUCAAGUGUUGACCGCCAUAUGACUCACACACAACACACACACUCCGUCCCCAUACAGUGCCCUCUACCUGUUGAGGAGGGAAUAACUACUGGGGAGCAUUUCUAUUGCCAGUGGCUGUUGUUGCCUGUGCUAAUGAGGGAUGGUAUCAGAGCUUCUACACACAAUGUGCUAGAGGAACAAAAGACUGAAUAUUGAGAUAAAGGAAUAGCAAGAUAGAGAAAAUAAGGGUAAUAUAGCAAUAGAGAAAGAGCCCAAGAGGGAUAGAGAGAGGAAAAGAUCAACCUGGAAGAGAUAAAAGGGAAAGAGAGAAGGAUGGAGAAAAGAGUUGCAAAAGAAAGAUCAGGAAUUAAUGACGCAAUCACUGAGAAACUCCUCCACCUGGGUGAUGUCAACACCUGUCGCCCAGUUUCCUGUUGUCGAGUUGCUCUUACCACGGCAACCGUGUGUGUGUUACCUGUGUUCCACAAUUGAGCUGCAUUGCCCCAACCAUGUGUGUUUGACAUACUGACCCCCUGACUUGCAUCCUUGCAAAAUAUGAGUCAUUAUAUUGAUAUUAUAUAUGAUAUGUGGGGAACUGUUCAGGCAAGAUGUGAAUGAGUACAGUUCAAUAUGAGUAUAAAUAGUAUAGAUAGCCUGCAAAUUAUAUAUAUUAUCCCAAUGUCCUAUAAUGUAAAUACUCUGUGUGGUUCUUCUGUACAACCUCUCUGCUUGUUUGAUAUGACCAAACUUCCUGGUGACCUUCAACUAACCCCUUGUGCUGGUGUAGGUUUUAGGAAUUCUAAUGCAUCUAUUUCUACCCAGAUGACUGACACUUUGCAUCUGCAGUCAGGUCUUAACCCAUCAUUGAGUAUUUCGUCAGUCCUUUGUAGAAUGGUCAUUGAUGUUGAGGGCGAGUUUCAGAUGCUGUGGAUUGAGGGGACAUCUCAAUAAUCUAAAGUGGAUUCAUCUCAAUAAUCUAAAGUGGCUUCCUUUCCUCGUCUCCUCUCCUUCAUCUGCACAGAUCUGAAAACAUUGGAUAGGUGAAAGCAAUAUGGUAGAUGAUUACUGGAACUUUAUUCCACUUGUCCAAUUCUUUCACAUCAGAUGAAGAAGAGGAGGAGAGGCGGCUACAUGAGAUCUUUAGUUGUGUGUAUGUACAUUCAGCCAUUGAGAGCGGAUGAAAUAACCAUGUAGAAAUAGACUAAAUAGACUAGAUAUACUUGGAGGUGCAUGGCUAAUAGGUGCCAAUGAAAAUCACACUACCCUGCUGGUUAUCUGUUAUCUACGUUUCUACGCUUCCCUGUUUUAAUGUUUAUUGUGAUACAGUGUGUGUGUGUGUGUGUGCCUCAGGCCAGAGAAAGCGAACAAAGAUGCAAUAGAUUGAAAUAACUAUUAGGCCUUUUCCCAGCCUCUCUGUUCUCAUCAAAUACAUGGCGUGUCUACUCCCCUUUUAGAAUGAAUUGAUUCUAGAAAUAGAAGGAAUAGAAUGGCCAUUGUUACUUAUAGCAUCAAUUCACUCUGUGCUAUGCAUGAAACAACUACUAUAAUCCACAGUGUUGAUUGCCAGUCUUAUUUAAUAGUAGGCUACAGUAUGUGGAAUAGUGAAACAGUCUACUCUAAUCUUUCUAUUUCUAGUGCAUUGCUGAUGUAUGAUGGUGAGAUGUGGACAUUACAAGUGUUUGUCAUUCUGCGGACGCUUCUGGGUCCUGUGUGUGUGUGUAACAGAGGGUGUAGAAUUCUGUCCAUAUGGUGCAUCAAUGAGUCAUCGUACCUUGUGAGUUGAUUUUGAGGCGUACACCUUUUAUUCAUGCUGGGUGCUAACAGCUGACCCUAUACAGAUACAGAUACAGCCAGAUACAGAUACAUACACAGAUGCAUACAGAUACAGACACAUAUACAUACAGAUACAUACACAGAUACAUACAGACACAUAUACAUACAGACAGAUACAGACAC